AUGGUGGCCGCUCCCGUGUCCGGGCUCGAGCCCCGGGCUGCCGCCGCCUGCCGCCCCACGGGCCUCGCAGCCCCGACCCCGGCCUCAGCCCCGGCCCCGGCCUCCCGCCGCCGCCGCCACCGCCGCUCCAGCUUCGCCGCCCGGCCGCCACCGCCGCGACGUCCUGUGCCUCACCCGACGCGCUCCCCCGGCCGCGCGGCCGCGCAACCAGAAAGCAGCUGCCUCAAGUGCCUACUCUUCUUGUCCAACUUCCUCUUCUCCCUGCUCAGCCUGCUGGCCCUGGCCAUCGGGCUCUGGGGCCUGGCUGUCAAGGGGUCUCUGGGGAGUAGUUGGGGGUCCCCCCUGCCUGCAGACCCCAUGCUGGGACUGGUGCUGGGCGGGCUGGCGGUCAGCGCAGUGAGCCUGGCGGGCUGCCUGGGUGCCCUCUGCGAGAACGCCUUUCUGCUGCGCUGUUUCUCCGGGGGCGUCCUUGCCUUCCUGGUGCUGGAGGCUGCAGUGGGGGCCCUGGUGGUGGCCCUCUGGGGCCAGUUACAGGAUGGCCUGGAACACGUCCUGCGCCUAGCCAUCACCCACUACCAAGACGACCCAGACCUGUGCUUCCUCAUCGACCAAGUCCAGCUGGGGCUGCAGUGCUGUGGGGCGGCCACCUACCAGGACUGGCAGCGGAACCUGUACUUUAACUGCAGCUCCCCUGGAGUCCAGGCCUGCAGCCUUCCUGCCUCCUGCUGCAUUGACCCCUGGGAAGGUGGAGCCUCUGUCAAUGACCAGUGCGGCUUCGGGGCCCUGGGCCUGGACGAGGACGCGGCCCAGAGGGUGGUGCAUCUGGAGGGCUGUGGCCCCCCACUCCUCCGGUGGCUGCGCAGUAACAUCCAGACUGUGGGCUGCUAUGCCAUCGCGGUCGUGCUGGUCCAAGGGCUGGAGCUCCUGCUGGCCAUUCAGCUGGUGAGGGCCCUGACUGUCCACAAGGGGGCAGCAGGGAGUGGGGGCCUGUCCAUAGGAACCCCAGACCCGGUGUCCCGCCCUCUGCCAAACUGGUCAUGGGCUGACCAGCCAGGGGGACGAAAGACCAGAAUACAAGGAUGGGGUCUGGGGCUGCAGGCCUCCCCUCGCCUCCCGGGGCAGAUGUCAGAGUAACCUGCUUCGGUGCUUAGGGACACGCGCCCUGAACCCCCAGGCCACCUCCGCCUACUGACUUCCAGCUUCCCAGGGUUCCCUUUCCCUCACACUGCCUGCUUGCUUGCAAACGCUGCUGUUCCAAGGGUAAGCUGACCUCGACGACGGCCUGGCCAGCAUCUGCCUCCCAUGGAGGGUGCCAGGCAAAGCCACCUGGCCAGCAGGGAGAGCGGGAGGCGAGAACUGGAUGAAAUCCUGCUGCCAAGCCUCCAGCUCUGAAUUUCACCUUGACCCUCACUUCAAUUUUCACCUCUGACCUCCACUUCCAACCGCCUCCAAGUCCCACCUCCAAGCCCAGCCUAUGAAGCCCCAUGUCUUCACCAUAGUCUGGCACCUGCCCUCCUCUGGGCCAUCUCCCCCUUUCCUGUCCGUUGAGGCUCAGGCCUCUCCCUCCAGAGUCUUUUUUUGUUUUUGGCAGAGUGUAAGUUUUAUUGCGAUG